GGAUCGAUGUCUGGAGUGGGUAUGGGAUGACCGGUACCGAGAGCCGUGAUAUCGGUGACCGAUGAGGAGUAUGAAGAUCACUUGAGGUCCUCGCAAACGAUUUUUGCUUGGGCUGUUGCGCCUCGUGUUCGACACAGGCAUGAACGAGUUGUUGUAUUUACCUACGUGUGAUAUACACGUAGAGACGAUUGACGGACAUUGUUUGAGAAUGCUGAUUGAUUCAAUGAUGAUUGAUUUUAUUGAAAUAUCCCGUCGCAUGUAUAUGUAUAUUAUUGACUAUAUUGCUUGGCCGUUUUCAAUAAAAAUAGAAAUCUCGGGUUACACCCGAAUUCCUCCCUAAGCACGUAGCUUAGGACGUUGUUAUGCAACGUUUCAGGUCGUGAGCAGCAACAGUGACUGAGGCAGACACGGGACCCGGUGACAGCUAGACUUCCUGAUCAUUGACUAUGCCUCCACGACGUGCACGACCUGCGCCUAGACUCGGGGCAGCGGAAGCACCUAUCCCUAACCCCAUGCCAGAGGACUUUCGACAGUUCUGCGAGAGGAUGUGGCAACAGUAUCAGGGUCAGAUGCCACCUCCAGCAGCUGGAGCCAUACCUGCGGCUAGACCAGAGUAUGUUCCACCACCACCUCCACCAGGUCUGCCGGCGUUUCACGCACCAGUAGGCGUGGAUUACCUUGCACUGAUCAAGGAACUUCGGGCCAUGAACACCCCGAGGUUUGAGGGUUCUCAGAUUCCUGAAGUUGCUGAGGACUGGUUGGUGCGGAUCACACAUGACUUUGAUUAUCUACGGUGUCCACUACAGUAUCGAGCAGAGAUAGCGAGUCACCAUCUGUUCGGACAAGCUCGCCACUGGUGGGAUGGAGUUGUGCGAGACACUAUUCCUGGACAUCAGUUCACGUGGGAUGAGUUUCGAGCUGAGUUCGAGGAGAAAUAUUACAAGCGACAUGAUCAGGAACAUCGUCUCGUGGAGUUCAUCAAUCUCCAGCAGGGUGACCGUUCUGUUGGUGACUAUGAGGCGGAAUUUACUAGGCUCCUACGAUAUGGAGCUAAUCUUGUUCCUACCGAAAGAUUGAAGAUUCAGAAGUUUGUUGCUGGUCUUCGCCCCUCUCUGCGAAGGAAGAUCGAGGUACUGGAGUAUCCUACCUUGAACCGAUACAUCUGCCAGCUCGAGAAGAUGCGUACGUAUCUGAUAUCGACUAGUAGUAUCGACAUCCAUAAAAGCUAA